UCUCUCUCUCUCUCUCUCUCUCUCAUCGUCGCCUAAAACUUAACGACUUCAAACAGCAACCCGCCUCGCUUCCUCCGUCCUCAAACUCUAUACAUUUUGGAUUCAUUUACACUUCCCUGACCCAAAAUCCACCGCCGUUCCAUACAAUUCCAGCCACUUGCUCACGGAGAAGCUCCGACUUUGCAAUAAUGUCUCAAUCCUUCAAUCUCUACAUUUCCACCUCAUACUCUCCCAAACACCUCAACCAAUCCUUAUCCAAAAAGUUAGGUUUUAACUGGAACCGAAUUGAACCACACAAAACCACUCAAAAAGCCGCUUUCACUAUCAAAGCUUCGGUUUCGGAUUCUAUUCCGUCUGUUCUAACCUCGGAUAAUGGUGCAGGCGGGGUGCUAUCCUCUAGGCCGCAGAAUUAUGCUUCUUAUGCUGCGCCGGCAGUGGCUGAUCCGAGCACAAUUGAGGUUGAUGCGGUGACAGAGGCGGAAUUGAAGGAGAAUGGGUUUCGGAGCACGAGGAGGACAAAAUUGAUCUGCACUAUCGGUCCGGUAACGUGCGGAGCGGAGCAUCUGGAGGCACUGGCAGUGGGCGGAAUGAAUGUGGCGAGGAUUAAUAUGUGCCAUGGCACGCGUGAGUGGCACCGGGAAUUAAUUCAGCGUGUCAGGAGACUGAAUGAGGAAAAGGGUUAUGCAGUGGCCAUCAUGAUGGACACUGAGGGGAGCGAGAUUCACAUGGGGGAUCUUGGAGGUGCCUCCUCCGCCAAGGCUGAGGAUGGGGAAGUAUGGACUUUCAGUGUUCGAGCAUUUGAUUCCCCUCUCCCGAAACACACUAUUAACGUGAACUAUGAGGGAUUUGCUGAAGAUGUGGAAGUGGGUGAUGAACUUUUAGUAGAUGGUGGAAUGGUGAGGUUUCAAGUGAUUGAGAAAAUAGGUCCAGAUGUCAAGUGUUGUUGCACAGAUCCCGGACUUCUGUUACCUCGAGCUAACCUUACCUUUUGGCGUGAUGGGAGCUUAGUACGGGAGCGUAAUGCAAUGCUUCCAACAAUAUCUUCGAAGGAUUGGUUGGACAUUGAUUUUGGGAUUGCAGAGGGUGUUGAUUUUAUUGCUAUAUCAUUUGUCAAGUCUGCUGAAGUUAUAAAGCACCUUAAGAGCUACAUUAAGGCACGAGCUCGUGAUGGUGACAUAUCUGUGAUUGCAAAAAUAGAAAGUAUUGAUUCAUUGAAGAACUUGGAGGAGAUCAUUCGAGCAUCUGAUGGUGCUAUGGUGGCAAGAGGAGAUCUGGGUGCUCAGAUCCCAUUGGAACAGGUUCCAUCAGAACAACAGAGAAUAGUCCAAAUCUGCAGGCAAUUAAAUAAGCCUGUAAUUGUUGCCAGUCAGUUCCUUGAAUCUAUGAUUGAAUACCCUACACCUACUAGAGCUGAAGUUGCCGAUGUUUCUGAAGCAGUGCGCCAGCAGUCUGACGCUUUAAUGCUUUCUGGUGAGUCUGCCAUGGGCCAGUACCCUGAUAAGGCAUUGACUGUUUUAAGAAGUGUUAGUCUGAGAAUCGAGAAAUGGUGGAGAGAGGAGAAACGUAAUGAAGCUACGGAACUCCCAGGCAUAGCAUUGUCUUUUUCAGACAGCAUUUCAGAAGAGAUUUGCAACUCUGCUGCUAAGCUGGGUAAUAAGAAUUUGUCUUCAGAUUUCUUAUGAUUAGUAAAUCAAAGU